ACUAGUUAACGAAAUGCCUUCCCAAUGCGAGUGGAUUACCCGAAAUGGACGCUUUAUACACACAAUGCUAUCUUUAUAUUGUUUGCAAUACUUUGUGACGUCACACAUUUGUCGAUUUACAUGCGCUCAACCCUAAAACUCGACUCCAACCUUCCAUUUUCUUUGGAAAACAACUGCAGAACAAUUAAUCGUUUAUAUGAGCAUAUUUUGGUGUCUGUGUUCCCUGGAAAGCUUGAAGAUUGUCAAAAUAUGCACAGACAAUGACAAAAAUGAAGAGCCCUAGAAAGUACAACUUUACUAGCAAUCAAAGUUAGCUAGUCUGCUGUCUCCGCAUAUCUGCAAUCGCUUGUAAGUAUUGCCAACAAAUGCAAUUAAUCGUCAUCUAGUCAGGCUUGAAGAUUUUCCUCCAUUGCUGGAAUAUUUAAGCUUAUACAAAAGACAUGCUGUUAGAAACAGCCACCUAAAAAUCAAUAUUAUGUUGUAUUUGCUGUCAUCAGUUAUCAAAUAUUCCCUAACAUGUUGAUUAGGACAAUUACAAUAACUCUUACGUAGUUAUUCCCCUUGGUUCACUGGCAGCUGUUUAAAUUUAAAAUUUUUUUUUUUUUAUUCAAGAUUAAUUUUGCUUCAUUCUCUGAUAGAAAUGUUUUUCUAGUUCAUUUAAAGGAAAUUGCAGUGUCAGUUACAGAAAUGAACACAGCAUCGCAGUAUGAAAAAUUUGAGAGGAAAUGAGUAUAGGAUUUUCUCUCUCAGGAAAUAAAAGCCUUGGAUUCUUUUAUCAUGUUUUAAGUAAUUUAUAAACUGUUUUCUGUUGUUUGUCGACACAUGUUUUUCAGUGGCAUACUUCAAUAUAAACAAGAUGAUGCUUGAUAGACCUUUCAGCAAAUAAAAAUUCUUGCAUUCAGAGAAAGUGUAUAUAUUAUAUAUUAAUUCAUGAUCUUUAAACACAUACACACACACACACAUCGUCUCAAAAUUCUUUGUCGACUAACUUACAUAAAAGAAACAAAUUAAUGUUGCUGUAGUUUUGAAGGAUACAAAAAAUGUUCAUUUAUAAUUCAUUGUUCACCAUAUGCCCAUGUGGUUUUUAACCGUUUAAAUGUGACUCAGUUUAGAACAAGUUUUCACAACAACCGAUAGCUGUAUCUGUAAAAGCCAUUCCUGGGAUAUACCUUUUGUGCCUGGUUUAUAUUGAAUUGUUUAGUUGAAGAGAAAUGAUAGCAGAUCAAUUCCUCUGUGUUAAACCACAGUGUUAAAUUGCAUGAUGGUCGUUUUUUAAACAGACGAUGCCCAAUGGCUGUCCAUAGCUUCAAUGCUUUAUAUAUAAUAUAUAUAUAUAUAUCUUUCGCAAAACUUUGACAUUCAGGUCUUUAAUAUCAAGGGAAAAACAACAUCAUAUAAUUGAAUAUUCUAUGGAAACUUUUAAGAAAUUUGUGUUGUAAUAAAUGCUCUUUGUGUGUUGUGUGCGAUGUAGACUGUCGUUUUAUUCCCUGUGGUGUAGAAGUGUAGGAAUACUAACUUGUUUUCUCUUUGUUACCUGUAAGGUGGACAGGUGUUGGGCAUCAACCAGGUAUUGAUUGACAGAUGGACACUUGUAGUUUAAUUCACUCUUACAGGUUUUAUUUUCACUUUCUAUUAUGUCACAGUGUAAAAUCACCCAUCCAAAUGUCUCCCACUUCUACCCGUCUUUAGUGAAAUAAGAGAACAAACUAUAAUUUGGAUUUCAAGUUGAGUAAAAAUUUGUCUUUUUCAUGAACAGAUAGAAAGAAUUCCUAUUAACACUUUGAAAAAAGACUGCAUAUGGCUAGGGUUAAUUGGCAGGUUCUAAAACGUGAAAAAUGUAGGGAAAUUUUUUGAUUUAAUUUUUUUCUUCAUAACUUAAAUUCAUUUCAGAUAUAACAAAAUUUAAUUAUGUUAUAUGAUUCUUUGUAACACAGUGUAUAAAAAGGUUCACGCAUAUACCCUUCAUUAAAAUGUAGUUUGGGGCCAAAUUAGGACCAUGUCAUUCAUUGUCUUCUCUCAAAGAUUCUCGAGUUUGAGCAAGAUGCAUCAAAACAGUUAAGAGAUUAGAAGACCCGUCUCUCCUCGCAGAUGAUAAGAUCCUAGGAAGGAUUUUCAAAUACAGAAAAACUAAGGAGAUGUAACUGUCAGGAAGUUUUAUUGAUCAACAUGAGAAAUUGACAAGCCAUGUAUGACAGCAUUAAGAAAUUUAUUGAUCUGAGAAACAAAUACAUGCAAUUUACAUGAUAGAUGACACAGAGGGAGUAACUGACAAGGGAUUUCUAAACAGUUGAUAUUCUGGAUAUAUAUAUUAUAAGUGCAGUAUUUUACCUGAUGGUAAUAAAUUUAAGUGUUCUGAUAUUGGAUGUAAAAAAAAAAAAAGGGAGGGGGGGGGGGGGUCCUCAGAUAUAGAAUAAUUCCUAGAUCAUUCAAAAAUGAAGAUGUCUCAGAUUGUUUCCUAUAAAAACAUAAUGCCACAAGGCUGUGUUAAAUAAAAAAUAUAUAUAUACCGGCUUCAAGUGACACUCUUCACUUAGACAAUGCAGGCCUAACUGUAAAUUAGCUCUGUGCAUGAUGUGGUUUCCAGGUCAGUGUGACAUUAUUUGAUAUGGACAAUCCUGUAUGUUUAUGCAACUGCUGUGUUUAGCAGAUCAUGGAAAAUAUACUUGUACAUGUAUACCAUGAUAGAAAUUAACCUGGCUAGUUUUUCUUCUAUGUGUUUCUAAGAUCAAAAAAACCGUACUAGGUAUAGUCAUUGGGCAAAGCUAUCAAACAAAUAUAGUAAAAGCUAAAACAAAAAAGUAUACUUAUUUAAUGAGUAAAUAAUUUCACCUUGACAUUUAGUCAUGAAAAACAAUAACAAAUCAAUGAUAUUAGAUAAUGCGACAGAAAGGUUAGUAGAUAUUAAUGCUUAUAUGUGAUAACAAUAGCAUAAUUUUGUGUAACUUUCAUCAAUUUUGUGUAACAUACAUCACAUUAGUAUUUCCUUAAAGUAAUGGAUUAAUGUGAAUUUUGGAGUCAACAAAAUAGUAUCAUUGAUCGGGAGCACUUCAAUUUAAACAUGAAUUGCACAGAUGUUUUUCUCAAGGAAUUUGUGAUUUAGAGUAUCUACCUAAUUCACCUUUCACAGGCACUCAAUUUUGUCAGCAAGAUCUUUACCUUUUUUUGUUUUUUAAUGGCAGUUGCAAAUAAUUUUUGUAUUUAAAUGCACAAUAUUAAUGUAAAUUAGUAAGUCUUUUAGAUUGCAACCAUUGAAAUGUUUAAAUGAACAUUAAUUUUUUGGCACAUAAUGCUUACAGCUUGUUUUUUUUUGUUUUUUUUAAAUUGUGCGAGGAAUAUUCAGAGACAUCUAAAAGUUUUCAUUGCCUGGGUACUUGAUUGCACAAUUAGGUCUUUAUCUUCCUAACUAACCAACUAACCAUUCAUUUCCAGAUUCUAUUUCUUAAAAUCUUAGGUAGUUUGUAAACAUAAAUCUAUAACACAUACAAUACAAAGAACAUUCUCCCAAUUAUUAUGAAAUAACAGUAUCGAAACAUUAUAUAGCUAGCAAAUCUUAAGAAUCCUAUAGAUGGAAAAAUUACGACCAGCAAUUCUGCUUCCCAAAAUCUGUCCAGUAUAUUGCUAAUUCUCCUCGCAAGAUGGCACUUGGGGAAAAUUGGAGAGAAAGUACAAGGAAUAUGGUAUCAUGCUAUAAAUAAAUUAAUCCUGUUCUGUAUCUAUACUCCUUUACUUUGCCCAGAAUCAAUAUGUGGCCCAGCCGAUUAUUAAUGGCACACAUACAAUACACAGCGAAAAGGAAUAUCUUUUUCCACUUGAAUGUUGAGCUGCAGAGAAGAGAGAAAGAGAGCAAAAAAAAAAAAAAAAAAAAAAGAGAGGUUGCUGUUUAUUCUGUAUUGAAAAAUCCAUAUCGUCACUUCUAAGUCUUUGACUGUGUGACAAUUGCUACUGAACAGAUACAUGGUGAAAAACCACUGCCGCGAUAGAGGGACAACGCAGAAUGGUUUUAAUGGAAUGAAGUUGACUCUUACUGAAUCCGACCAAUUCUAGCACUUUCUGAGAACCUUAUAUUAUUUAAUUGUUUCAAAUAUUAAGCUUUUGCAUUUACCAUUCAAAAGUAUGUAAUCUGUACAGUUAUGUCCUAUUAGCACAAAUAAUGAAAUCUGCAAGUACGGGUAGAAAUGUUACGAUUGCUUUUAAAAAUGUAAGGAUGUGAAGAUAUUCUCAUUGCCUAUAGCAAUGGAAAAAAAAUUUGUUGCAGAAUAACUUGACUGCUAGCGGUUUGAUUAUAUUGCAUUGCAAAUGGCAUUCAUUUAUGUCUUGCAUUUCUGCAGGUACUAUGGAAAACAAGGAAAAAAAUUCACCAAAACCAAGUCACAAUCUGUUUGAUAAUGCUGCUGCUGCAGGCAAUCUGCUGGGUGUCCAUCCAUUUGGCCUUCCCUAUGCCCACCUGCCCAGCACCUUCUCCCUCUUGGGCCACUACCCCUCCUUUCCAAGUGCCUCCCUGUUUGGGGAGCUUGGGGAGAGGGGACUCGCCAGCCUCCCGCCUGGUGGUGCCUUAUGGAGUUAUGGGGCCUCAAACUUUGAUAACAGAUUUCCGGAUUUCUUUGCAGGCUCACUACUAGAAUUAUCAGGAAAGUUUAGCUCUGCCAGUAAAUCACAUUCCUUGUCAUCCUCAAAAGACUCACCAAAGUCUUCACCAAAGACUGUCACCAAAGCUACCACUACCAUAGCAACCCCCACUACCACCAGCUUCAGCAAUAGCACCAACAGCAGAAAAACCAGCACUACCAUAACCAGUGUUGGGGAGAGUCUAAUGGCAGGGAAAAGCCUGCUGGCUGGGCGGUCCCUUUUGACUGGCAAUAGUCUGCUGGCUGAAAAAUUCAAGAAAUCAAAAUUGUCGUCUGCUAUUUCACCUAGUCACACUGAGACCAAUGGUAUCGCAUCAUCGUCAGAAUCUCCUCCUCUCAAAAGUCCAAAGAGAAAGAAUGCAAAGGAAGAACAAGUGAUAGAAAAUGGCGACCAUCAUCCAAGUGAAGAGGACCAGUCAGAAGAUGAUUUGGUCCCAAACAGGUCUGUCGUCAAUGGUAACCAAGAGGAAGAAGAGGAGACCAUGGAUUCUGAAUGUAACAGCUCGAAAAAGAACAGCACUGCCCCCUCAAUACACAUUGACGGCCUGAAGAAGAAGUUAAUAGCUGAUCAAAUCCGACAGAGGGUGCAGAAUAAACCCAUUCAAAGUGUUCGUCCAUCCAUCAUGCAACCAAUGAAGCGUGGAAGAGGAAGGCCUCCCAAACAAACACAGACUGGCCAGGAGGAGGACACUAAAGAUGCUGAAAAUUUAAAAGCACAGCUAAACGCAACUCUGUUAAAACAGGAACUUCAACUGAAGAAACUAAGAGAGAAGCAUGAAAAAGAACAGGAAGCAUUGUUGUUGAAGAACAAGAAUGAUCUGAAAGCACAGUUGGAAGCUAACCUUAGAAUUCAACAGAUGGAGCUGAAACUGAUGAAGAAACAGAAACAGCAGGAGAUGGACCUAGCUCUUUUGUACCAAAAGAAGCAACAAGAACUCCUGAAGCAAGGAGCAAAAGACAAAUUAAAAUACCAACAAGAAAAAAGUGAGCAGAAAAAGAAGGAACUGGAGGAUCAGAAGAAGAAGGAAAUUGAGACCACGUUAAAAGUUCAGCAGCUCCUGAAGCUGUCAGAGGACGAACGGAAAGCUCGUGGAGGUGGUGAAAAAACAACCAAAGGAAAAUCUCCAUCCUCCAUGAAAAUCAAUCAGCUGUUGCAAGAAAAGAAAAAUGAAGGUGCUUUGAUGUCACAGGCAGAGUCUAGCAACCAGAUGACUGUGGACGAGAAACUGGAGGCCAAAGUCCGAGCCAUGCUGGAAGAGGAGAAUUCUAAUGACUCUGGAUCAGGGGAGUCAGAGGAUUCGGACAGCGAGAAUGAGAACCAGGCAGGCAUGGAUUCGAUGAGUGAGAUCUCGGACUCGACAAAUGAACAUCUUGGUUCCAGCAAAGAUACGAGGAGCACAUGUUCCAAAAGGAGUGCUGAUGAAAUGUCGGAAUCUUCACCAACCAAGAAACCCCGCGUACAAAUGGAUGAGGCAGCUUUACAGAUCCCGCUAGAUCAUGGCUUCAAACGGAGUACAACCAUCCAUGCCAUCGGCAAGCGAGGGUUCAUUGGGGAGGUGCUUUACUUCGGUCCUUGCGGAAAGAAAAUGAAAACCAUUCCAGAUGUUAUGAGGUAUCUUGAAAGAAAUAAUAUCAAGGAGUUUGGCAGAGAAAAUUUCUCCUUCAACACCAGGGUAAAAGUGGGACAGUUUUUUGAAGGCCAAGCAGGAACUGCAGAGAUUGUAAAGUUGAAUGAUGAGCAAGUGAGGGAGAGGAUGGCCCUUAUAGAAAGCAAGAGACAAAAGUUACUGAAGAUGAAACAAAUGAAGGGAAGCAGACGACAGGAAAAACAGAACAAACAAAUUCAGCUCGCCAAGCAGAUGAUGGAGCAGAAACUCAAGAAACGCAUGGAGCAGCAAGAGAUGGCUAAACGUGCCGCAGAAUUCAAGAUACAGAGAAAAAGCGAGAAACUGAAGCAGAAGGACACAGUCCGUAAAAUCCGGGAAAAUCGAGGUAGUGCUUCUCCUGAACCUUCCUCUUCAUCUACUACUGACUGGCAGUCACAGAUUUAUUGUCUACCAGACAACAUCCUGUCAUGUGACCCCAAUGCCUCAGCAGUCGAAAAGAGGAAGCAGAAAGAACAGUUGCGGGCCCUGAGAGAGCAGGAGAAACACCAGCGCCAGGAACAGAUGAGGAUGGAGCGCGAGAUGCGAGCGCAGCAGAUCCUGGAGUCAAACCUUUUAUGGUAUCACCUUGAAAGAGAAAGAGAAAUGAAAAGACACCAGGCCAUCAUAGCCAAAGAACAGGAAAGGGAGCGUAAACGACACCAUUUUAUGUUGGUUAAAGCCAUUGAACAUCAAAAGAAACAGGCAAAAGAUAAACUGAAGGAGGACAGGAUGAUGGAGAAGAGACUACAUAGGGAGAAAAAGAUGGAACAAAGACGUCUGGAGUUGCAGCUAGCUAGAGAAUUGAAGAAGCCUGUGGAGGACAUGGAGUUAAAGGAUCACCGGGCAUUACCUGACUUUGAGAGGAUCCCUGGAUGUAAGUUAGAUGCCGUGGCCUUUGGAGACAUUUUGAUGGUGUUGGAGUUUAUUCACAAUUUCAAGGAGGCUUUAGGUUUCAAUGAUGAUACCCUUCCUACAUUGAAAUUGCUCCAAGACCAAGUAAUGUUUUCUACAGAGGAGGAUGGUGAGAAUUUCAUGGCCUUGACCUGUCACCUUCUAAAGUAUGCUGUAAUGGAACCAGGUGUACCCAACCCCAAGGAAGCCACCACUUGCCUCGGACAGAAGAUAGCAGAUGUACCCAUCACUGAAUCGGUGGUGUCUGAGAUUUUGAGAAUCUUCAUCAUCGCUAGAAAUGGAAAACCAAAUGAAAUGAGUGAUUGGUUGAGUUCCAAGCCUCUAGAAUCCCUGACCAUUUCCCAGAAAGCCUCGGUACUAGCCUUCCUUGUCAAUGAAUUGAUGUGUGGAAGACACAUUGUCUCGGAGAUCGAAAGGCAGCUUGAACACAUGGGUGAGAUCCGCAGGGACAAAUGGGUAGUAGAAGGAAAACUCCGAAGAUUAAAGGCUGUUCAUAAUAAGAAAUUCAAAAGUGUUCCUAAACCCCCGCCACCAGACUGUGAGAGUGCAUCUCAGAUAACCAGCAAGAAAGGGAGUGAUGAGGAAGACGAAAAAGAAGAGGAGAGCGGAAACGAUAGUGGAGGAGAGGAACAAACAGGAACACAUGAAGCUGAUGGAGAGGAUGAAGAGCCCACAUCAUAUGAGGAAUGUGAGAAAGAAAUUGAUAAACUUCAGAAACAACAUGCUCAAUACCGUGCUAAAGUGUUCAAGGCCUCGUAUAAGGUUCGUGCAAUAUCUCUGGGUCAGGAUCGCUACAAACGUCGAUACUGGGUGCUUCCCACCGCAGGGGGAGUGUAUGUGGAGAGCCAGGAGUCAGGGUACUUUAAUGAAGAAAUCCAAAAGAAAUUGAUAAAGCAGGAAGUUAAAAAGGAAAUUAAAGUGGAAGUGAAUGAGGAAGUAAAGAAAGAUUUAAGUGAAGAAGUCAAGUCAGAACCGUUAGAAUUGACACAAGUAAAAUCAGAAGUGAAGGAGAGAAAGGAUAUAUUGAAGAUUCCUGUGUACAAAAAGGAAGUAAGAAAUGUAAUGGAGGAAUGUGAUGAAUAUAAUGUGAUAAAAUCCGAGAAGUCCACCUUAAACCAAUGUGAUUCCAAUCAAAAUUCCAGUCAGUCUGACCAUACCACAACCAAAUCAUCAGAAAACAUAUCAAACUCUGUCAAGACAGACAGCUCAGUGUCCCACUGUAAUGGAGAAGAUUUCUCAAUCCCAUCUACCUCCAUGUGUAAAAGUGCAGAGAGUGAAAGCUCGGACACAAACACACAUCUACACAACAUAAACAAGCCUGGUCAGUCAAACUCUAAGUCAGACAGUGAUAUCAAACCCAUUAUCAAUAGUGCUCAUGCUUCUCCCCUCAUAUCUCCCUAUCCGGCUGCUCCCUCCUCAUUCUUCUCUCCGCCCAUCUCAGGAGCCAGUCCUUCACUGUUAGGAGGUCUGUCAUUGUCAUCUACACCCUCAUCGACAUUAACGUCGACACCACUGCCAGCUCAUCAGCAACCCAAGUCCUCAACUCCAUCCUCUACUGAUACCAAGCAUAACUUCCUCAGCAUAGAUUCCUUACUGAAAAAGGACAGUUCUUCUAGCAGUGCUUCACCAUCCAGCAAAAGUAGUCUGUUCCCGUCCCCAGUGUUUCCGCUGGUCCCAAUGACACCUGACCAGAUGAUUAAAUCAUUCAGUGAGAAUUCUAGCCAGAAACCCUGGUUUAGCAUUCUACCCAGACUCCCAUGUGAAGAUAUGUCCAUGACGCACAGCUCCUCUCAGAUGUCAGUCCUGCCUAGUCCGUUCCAAAAUUCUUUUUUAUCCCCUCUUUCAUUCCAUUCCUUCCCUAUUCAGAGCCCAUCGUUUUCGUCUUUCAAUAUGUCACAAUUGUUUGGGAACUCUGAUAUUAGUGGAAUGUCUCUUAACUCCACGGCGCAGUCCUCGGAUUCGUUUAAAAUUCCCAACACCCCUCGGUCAGAAACCGACACCCCAUCCACCAGUAUCCUGGAGCAGAAUGAAUCCCUCCUCAAAGAAUUACAAGGCGAGGCUCAACCAAUUCCUGAGGAGGUGCAGAAAGGCUGGUGGAAGAUCUCGGAAGAAGAGCACGUGCGAACAGUGCACAAGAACCUCCACCCUCGAGGAAUACGAGAGAAAUGCCUUCAGAAGUCGCUCCAGAAAUGUCUCGAGUACACGUGCUCGUCCUGUAACCAGGAAAACAAAGAGGUAUACAGCCUGGUAUCUGAUGCUAGUGAUGAUGAGGAGAAAGAGGACAAGACAGAGGAAAAGUGCAAGGAUAAAAAAAUAGAGAAAGAGGACACCAACUCCUCUGAGGAGAGCCCCGCAGAAGAGAAGGAAGAUAAAGAAGAGAAGAUGGAAACAGAGACUGCCAUUGACCCUGAGGAAGAGAAGAUACGAUUGGCUGAUCUUAGUCACCAGGUGGAGCUACAGGUCUUGGAAGAAGUGGAAAAUCUUGAAGAGAGGAUAGCAUCAGCCAGCCUUCAAGUCAAGGGGUGGAAAGUGCCCCAGAGGAUCUCAGAGGAAGCUGAUUUUACACUGGUAGACAGGUUUAACCAUGAAAAGCUUGGUCCCAAUGAGAAAUACCCACUGGAUGCUGCCAGAGACAAACUGUCCUGUCUGGAACCUAACAUUGAAAGACGCUACCUCAAACCCCCUCUCUGUAAAGUAGUUCAGAUUAACCUGGCUAACAUCACUGCUAACACAGGCCAGAAUGAUGAUGAUGAAGAGGACAGGCCCUUGGACCCUGUCCACGUGUCCCCGGGAAUGAUGAUGUGGAGGAAUGCAGUGACCAAGGCAUCAAGCCCCGCCCAGCUAUCGCUAUGUGUGACCCAACUCAACAAAUCCAUCUCCUGGGAGAAGUCCAUCAUGAAAGUGUUGUGCCAGCUCUGCCGUCGAGAUGAUAACGAGGCUGAGCUCCUCCUCUGUGACGGCUGUGAUCAGGGAUAUCACACCUACUGCUUCAAGCCAAAGAUGGAGAAUAUUCCAGAUGGCGACUGGUACUGUUAUGAAUGCAUAUCAAAGGCUACUGGUGAGCCGUGCUGUGUGGUGUGUGGAAAAAGAAUGGGCAGGAUUGUGGAGUGUGACUUGUGUCCCCGUGCCAUUCACUUGGACUGCCUAGAUCCACCCCUGCCUCGCAUGCCCAGGAAGUGGGUGUGUCCAGCCUGUACAGCCAAUCAGGGUCUAAAGGGGAGGGGAAGGAAAAGUCCGAAAAAGAAGAACAAGGAAAUUAAUACAUCUGUGAAGGAGAGACGGGACUCGGACAAUAGCAGCCGGUCAGCCAAUGAGAGCAUGCCUACUGAAAAACCGGAGAAAAAACGAGGAAAAGAUCUGGAGAAAAAGAAACAGGCUGCUGAACAGUCGGAGGACAUGACUGUGUGCAGGUUGAUACUGACAGAGAUGGACAAGCAUGAAGAUGGUUGGCCUUUCUUAAAACCUGUCAAUUUCAAACAAUUUCCUGCGUACAAGAAGUAUAUCCGACAACCAAUGGACUUUACCACCAUGAAAAACAAACUCAGGGACAACCAGUACAAAACUCGAGGUGAUUUUGCAUCAGAUGUGAGACUCAUAUUCAAUAAUUGUCAGACCUUCAAUGAGGAUGAUUCCGAGGUGGGUCGUUCGGGACACAACAUGAGGAAGUUCUUUGAGGCACGAUGGAAGCAGCUGAUGUUAUCGUCAUCACCAACAAGCAAUGAGGAGAAAAUGGAGGAAGGCCCGGACUAAUGUGCCUCUCAUCCAGUCAUUUAUUUAUUCCUUUUUCAAUAAGAUUUCUUCUCCUUAUGCAAAUUCUAUUUAUAAUUUUAUUGCAGCUAUCAACACAAAUCUUAUAUAUUGUUGUUGGCAAAUUUUGAAUAUAUUUAUGAUGUUGUGAAUGUUGUAAAGAGAAAUUAAGUGUCUUAGACUUUGAAUAACCUCAUGCAGAAAUGAGUGUAGUUGAAGAUAAUGUGGCUUCUGUUUGUGAUUGGGAAUGCUGUUUCCGAUCGAAUAUUGUAGAUUUGUAAAUAGGAUUUAAAAUAUUUCAGGAUUUGCAAUUUCUUUCAUUGUCAACUAUAUGUGCACAAAUUAUUGUCAACUAAAUAUGUACUGGACAUGAGACAUGUGACACAAUCUCUCUCUUUAUUUUUUUUCUCUGGGAAAAUGAUUAAUGGAUACCUCAAGGCAGAGCUGUGUUCAUAUGGACAUGUCUAGAUUUUAUAGUUAUAUUUAUUUGUGCAAGCAACACUGAAUCUUUUUGGUUGAAAAUCGCCAAUAUAUAAAGGAAACAAUGGUUGGAGUAAUAGUUUUUUGGUUGUGAUCAAACUGCCAUUUUCCAUUCAUUCAUUUGGAAAUAUGUAGGCUUUUUUUGAUUCACAUUUGUAUUACCUAUUCACAGAAUACUAUUUAGAACGAUAGUCGGAUUAAUGCAUUUAUUUUGAUGACAACAGACUUUGCUUUGGAUGUGAUUUUCUGUUUUCAGAUAUAUAGCAAUAAUACAUGUGGUACAGGUUUUGUACUUAAAUUUGGAAUGCAUUUUGAAAAGUAAGCUGGAAAAAAAUGUAUACAUUGUCUCAGUAUUACGUUUUAUCUGAUUCUCGGACAACUAACUACAACAAAGUACCUGUACUGUCAGUAGAUAUUUUUCUAGUCCCUGCAUCUGUAAUCAUUCUUCAUUGGGUCCAGUAGGACUUGCCAGAGUAAUUACAUUCCAGUCAAAUCUGUAGCUUCACAAUUCCUAUUAACAUAUCAUACCACAGCAAAGCUGAAAAUCUCCCCCACCACUUCUCAUUGUAUUCUUGUAUGAAUCUGUUUUGUUUCUUAUAUUUUAGUCAUUGAAUCAUACAAGUGUGAAAUGUUUCAUGACUUACAAUACUUGAAAUGAUGGAAUGUGUAAUUAAUAUGUUUUAACUUUCCAGGUUUUAAACUGUGUCAUUUUCUGUGUUGUCCUUUACCAUACAUUACAUGUUUAUUGAACUGUGACAUCUCCAUCAGAUAUUUUUUUCUUGCACAAAGUGAAGACUACAUUUUUUAAGGGAGCACAUUGCUUUGGUAGAUUGUACAUGUAACUGUGUUGUAUUCUUGUGAAAUGAGUCUCUUGAAUAAUGUGUUGAUGUAAAGAUUUGUUAAACUCAUAUCUUUCAAAUCAAUAAAAAACUGUAAUACUUAGAACACCA